AUGAUUAACAUUUUUAUCCAAAGUAUAAAAAUGGUUUGCAGUUCAUAUGAAAAUUCAAACAAUGAAGAAAGGCUAUCUUUGGAGACUUUAGCUUUGCAACAGGAUUUUUUAGAAGCAUCAGAUGUGGGGAAUUCAAGUGAAUUAGAAGUAAUCACAUAUGAAGAUGUUAUUUCUAUAUUAGGAGGAACUAAUUCAGAAAAUUUAAAUCCUGAAUCAAGUUUACCGGUUUCAAAUAAUGAACCAUUUUUAUCAGAAGUUGCUUCUAGUGAUUUUACAUUACAAGAACAAUUUCAAUUUGAUGUUAAUGAUAAAAAACAAAAGUAUCAAGAUGAAAAAUCUUCUAUAAUGCAAUCAGAAGCUAAAAAAUUAAGAUUUGAAAACGACUGUUCAAUUUCAGUCAAUAAUAUAAAUACUGAAAAUAAUGGUUUAAAUUCAAAUCCUGGUACCUCUUAUGAAAAUUUAGAAGAAAAUAAAAAGUUUAAAACUCUAACUAUGGAAGAAUACAAUAAAAUUAUAAGCCAAUACGAAAAAGGUAAUGUUAGAGCUAAUUAUAAAGACAUUGUUGAAAUGAUUUUAACAACAAAAUUGGAACCAACAUCUGAAUAUUAUUAUCAGGAUCUUUAUGAUACAUUUUAUCAGAGAAAAAGUACGAAACAGACUAAUAGUAUUUAUAACAUAGAUGCUUUUACUGUUGAAAAUAACAAAAAAAUUUUGUCUUUUUUUGAAUUUUAUUUGUUAAAAAGUAUAAAUCUUAUAGUUUUGAAUGAAAUUAACAAAGAUAAUGAUAGAAAUAUUAUUGAAGAAUUAUACGUUAUUAAUAAGUAUAUUGAAAUAAUAAACAGAUCAAUUGAUUUUAUGAUAUUUUAUGAAAAUCUAAAACUGUUGUUGAAUGAAAUAAAAGUUGAAAGAUAUAAUAUUCAAAGCUUCAUGGAUAUUAUAAUUAAAGAUUUAAGAAACAUCAAUUUUCCAAUUAAAAAUUUUACUCGAAUAGAUUGGAUAAAGGGGUUUUUAGAUCUUUUUAAAACCAAUAAAAUAAAGAAUGAAACUUUAUUGUGGGUUAGAAAAAUUAUUAGUAACUCUAAAUUAAUUAAUGUUUAUUUUUUUUAUAAUAUUGAAGAUGUUUUAAAAACGAAUAAGAAAGAAGCUAUUGAUAAUUUAAAACUUAUAAGUGUGAUACGAGUCAUUUAUAUUUUUAAGGAUUUUAAAAAUUUUUAUUAUAAAAAAAAUCUCGUUAUACGUAAUUUUUUUAAUAAAGUUAAAGAAAUUUUUGAAAAAGAAUAA